AUGGAGGGAACGCUGGAUAUCGUUGGGGAGGGAAACAAAAUGAUAGUGCUGAAGCAGACAAAUGGAAUGAAGAGCAAAACUCCUUUUAACGACAACGGGGGGGUAACCAAGUUAGGGAGGACACCUGCUAGUGGGUCGUCCCUCUCGCCAGACGCGUACUUCCACAUCCUGAGGUACAUCCACUUCUACAGCUACGUAUUUCUAAAAAACUCAGUGAUCAAAGUGGUGAAGGAAAGUGAAGUGAAAAAUGUGAAUAUAACUUUGCAGUAUUAUUGGCUAAAUAAAAUGUGCUACAGGGAAAUGAAGAUCUUUGAAGACAGCUUGCUUGUUCAUAACAAUUUUGUUGUCUUCGAUUCUCAAUUUAGCGACUUUGUGAGGUACUCCCUGGAGUGGUACACACGUGGCAACACCUUGGCCAGUAGAGUUUUCAGCAGAACCAACUACCUCCUAUUCGAUGGAAUAGAAAAAAUCAGAAAAUACUUACUAAAAAAUUAUAAGAAAUUUGUUGCCUACUUGAGGGAGAACUCAGACCACAUUGUGGAAGACAUUUGGAGAGACAUGAAGGAAUUUAUUAAUCAAGCAACGGAUGAGAAGAAAUUGCAACAAGUCAAAAAACACGUCAUUUCUUAUCUGAAGAAAAAUAAUUAUAAGGAUAUUUUCCCACAGGUGUUGCAAUGUUUUGAAAUAUACAUAAAACGGUUAAAGCAUUUUGAACGAUUGAAAAGGAAGAAAAAAAAAAUGACCUCCAACGGGAAGGUCAUAUUUAAGGCAAUGUACGAUUCGCAUAAUUUUAUUUAUCGGAAAAAGUCCAGGAAAAAUCACAUUGGCUAUGUGGAGGAGGAUUUAUUUGCCAUUCCGUCCUUUUUGCUUCCAAAUGGUGGUCAUGCAAAAACGGAGGAGUCGUCACAGUUGGGCCUUCCAGACGGUGCCCCAAUUGGAGACGCCAGUGAACUGAACCAUAAGAACAAUUUCUCUGACCAGUACAUAAGUGUCGAACUAAAGUUGAAGUGCGGAAUGCAGGACUACAGUGACAUGCUCGAUCGAUACAACAUACAACAGUUAAUUAAGCAGAGGAACAACCACAACAAACAUUUGUCCCUCUUCGUGCCAAGCAAUUUUUUCCGACUGAAUUAUUGGGAGAUAUUUAGGAAUUUAAAUUUGGCCUUCCUAUCUAAUGGUAAUAAUUUAAACCUCUAUGUGAAUGGUAAGAGGAGAGUAGACACGGCUCUGCAUUCAUUGGACCAUUUCAGAUAUUUGUUUUAUAAUGACCCUCUUGGUCCGUUCAAUGGGGGGAAGGACCCCCUGGGGAAGCUCUACUUUGCCCACCUGAAAAAUCAAGCGGUAAGCGGGAGUGUCCUACCUUGUGGAGACACGGAAAAACAGGUGGAACACACGGAAGGUUCUUCCCCCGAAGGAGAGGCCCCCAUGAAGGAUUACCUAAGCCAGUUGAACAAGGUACAAAUGCAAAUGUCGUGGAAGUACGCCAGUAGGUACAACAUUUUGGACUACUGCCAUAGGGUUGGUUCAGACGCCAUUUUGGAAGGGGGAAGGGUCGGUUUGCUUGCGAGGUGCAUCCAUGAUUUGUGGCCAUCCUCGAAAUGGCCCCACAAAAGAUGCCGCUCAUAUUCGGGUCACCUCUACACCAACUACGCCUACCGAAAUUACAUAUUCAGCAACAGUUUUUUCUUCAAGUACGUCAUUCCAUGCACAUGCCAGGAAGUGCGAAAGGCCCUAUUCAGUCUGAAGAAGGGGGACUACUCCAUGUGCCUCAAAAAGUUGGUCUCCAUCGUCGAUACUUAUAAGGAUAUUUACUACCUCCAUUUGAUCACCCUGCUGAAGAAUGUGGCGCAUAUUAUUUGCGAACGAUGUGCCGUAAUAGCCCCAACGUACUUCGAUGAAAAUACUUUCCUACCAAUUAAAAGGAAGGACAACCCUCUUUGGAACGUCAAUUUGGCGGAGCGUGAGGAAUAUGGGGGAGGAUACUCCUCUAAUAAUGCGGGCCCCCGUGGGAACUGUGGCAUCACCGCCUUUAUCCUGUCAUGUGAUAGGAAGAAGUCCCCCCUGAAGGAGCUAAAAAGGGAGUUACUCCUCUUCCUCAAGGAAGCACAAACGGACAAGACGAAAUGGAAAAAAUUAUUGAAGGGGAGCUUCACCCAGCUGAAGGGUCUGUACAACGAAAUGAGUAACAACUACGCCAGUAUAUUUAGCAAAUUGCAGGAUGAGUACCUUACCAUGCUUAUGGAAAAAUUGGGUGUACAGAAAAAAACGUGGAACGAAAUAUACAGCAAGGUUGAUGAAAAUUUCCUUCAUAGAGUGAAGAGCGACUUUGUCUACCUUUACGAUAGGAAGGUUAAAACGAAUUAUUACUACAACUGGUUCAUUACCAACCAGUUUAACCUUUCAGUGAAGUUGUACUUCCAGCAGUGCCAGUACGUCCUAGCAGGAUUACUCAACCAGAUGAAAGUUAUCUACACGGAAAAAGGGUAUGAAGAGCGGGUCAACAAAACAAUUGCUCAUAUGCGGGGAAGAGUGAAAAAGGCACUUUGGAAUUACGCAACAACAUGUGAAUUCAACUUUGAAAUAGGGAACAUCUCCCAUUUUACGGGGCGCAAAAGUGGGAAUGGCAACCUGAUAAACUACCUCCUCUUCCGCAAGAAUGAAUUGAGCAAAAACAGUUACAUUGCCCAAACGAAGGGAAAAAAGGAAAGGCUAGUCAUGCUCAUAAACAUCAUAGAGAAGGAAAAGUUUCUAUUUUAUAAGCUCCUUUACUUCCACUGUUUUAGUGCUGGCCAAAUUCAAAUUGUACACUGCAUGCUACUUUUGAUCAAAAUAUUUGAAAGGUUAUUUUUUUUAAAAAAAAGUGAAGACAUUUUUUCCAGCUUUGCUUACUACAAGGCAAGCCUGGAAAACUUCACCUCCCCGGAGAGUAACAACAGCUAUAUUGAGCAGAAUAGACACUUGUCCCGUUUUAUUGACGUCAAGCGGGUGAAGCGCCUCUCCCAGUGUGUCUUAAGCAGUGCUGACAGGGGAAGUGAAGAAACAAACACGCAAGCGAAUAACCAGGCGAAUAACCAAGCGAAUAACCGAAGAGGCACGCCCAAACAUGCCGCCUUCACGUACCUACAGAAUACACACUUCCUUCUCGGCAAUGAACUCCUCAUCGACGCCAUAGGAAUAGUAAACAAAUUCUCCCAAUCGAAAUUGUCUUAUAUCCAGAGCGAAAUGAAAAAUCGUACACGCAAGCUGUACUAUGGACUCUACCGCAAUGUGAGCCAGUACGGUAAAAAAUACGAACCCAUGUAUAAGCCCAGCAUGAAAAAAAACCAAAACAGGAAGAAGUUAAUUCGACGCAUGUUAAGCAGCCAAACCUUAAUAAACAUGGACCACUUUAAUUAUCUAACUAGUGAACCAUUCAAGUCCAAAUUGAACAGCAGCACAAUUGUAGUGAACCGCAAGAGGGACAUCCCGAAGAAGGCCAUGAAGAUUUACAAGAAUAUGAUAUUUUUCGUUUGCCGCUUUUUAAUAAGUAGAACCCUGUGUGAUAACAGCACCAUUUUUAACAUCUACGCGAAGGAAGACAACAGGUACGACGAUGCAGAAGUGCUGCAGCGGCUGGAAGACAAUCGAUUCAAACCGUUAAUUGUGAAGCGAAGGGGAAGAAGGAGACCACCACACGGAAUAUCAAACGUGACGUUCGCGAACGAUUUAGACCAACAGGAUGGUAACCCCAUUCAGGGGGAGGACGGAGCGAAUGAAAAUCAGGAGAAUGCCACCCCGUCGACCGUACUGUGUGCCAAAAAGAAGAACAAAAAAUAUAUCCCCACGAAAAGGUUCACGUCUUAUGCAUAUCCACUAAGGAGUACCCAUCUCCGAAGGGAAAAAGAAAAAUGCAGCAGAGAGGAUAACAGGCAACUUCGAAAAGUGGUGGAAAAUGCCUACGUCCCUCGUGGAAGUAAGAAAAUAUAUUACCGCAUUAGUUUGAUUGACGUAUCCAUGAAGUCGAUAAGUAAAAUGAGUUACUGGGAAAAGCAGAUGUCCCAGAUAAUCUCCCAGUACAAGGAGCUGUGCGCGCUUUAG